AUGUCAUUUAACCAACGAAGAGGUGCCAGAAAACGCCCAGCUCCUCCGAGUGCGCUCUCAGCUCCGCAUCCAAACGCUCAACGCAACGGCAACACUAGUGGUAAUGCCAGUGAGCAACCGAACCGUCACGAACCCAAAAGGCCGAGAGUUACCAAUUCGCGUUACGCGGGCUCCAGAUACCAAGAGGGCCGUUACCAAGGCUCCACUAGAAGCGUUAACGGCCUGGAGCUACCAACCGGCCCCAAAAACAUGGUAAAAAGACAAUCCAGAUACGACCCAGGCUCCUCAAAACCCAAAAUUGCACCUGUAACUAUAGUAGUACGAGAGAGGACUUCUUCAGUUUACGAACGUAUUCAACAAGUUGGUGAAGGCACAUAUGGUAAAGUGUACAAGGCCAGAAACACACUUACAGGACAACUCGUAGCCCUAAAACGGCUCAGGUUGGAAGGUGAAAGAGAAGGCUUCCCAAUCACUUCGAUACGAGAGAUAAAACUGCUACAAGGGUUCGAUCAUCGUAACAUUAGCACACUUUCGGAGAUCAUGAUCGAAUCCCAGAAAACCGUGUACAUGAUAUUCGACUAUGCCGAUAACGACUUAUCCGGGUUGCUCAUGAAUGAGCAAAUCAAGCUCAGUCCAGCAAACUGUAAACACUUGUUCAAAAGCUUGCUUGAGGGCAUUCACUAUUUACAUGAUAACGGCAUACUUCAUAGGGACAUAAAGGGUUCCAAUAUUUUGAUCGAUAACAAGGGACAUUUGAGGAUCACUGAUUUCGGUCUUGCAAGAAAAACAAAAGAGGAUUCCGAUUAUACAAAUAGAGUCAUCACUCUUUGGUAUCGGCCUCCUGAGCUGCUGAUGGGCACUACAAAAUAUGGUACAGAAGUGGACAUGUGGGGAUGCGGCUGUCUUCUCGUUGAGAUGUUCCAGAAAACUGCCCUUUUCCAGGGUACCAAUGAGCUUGAACAGUUACAAGCUAUUUUCUCAAUUAUGGGUACGCCCACCAUAGAGCAAUGGCCAAAUCUCUUCGACAUGCCGUGGUUUUUCAUGAUGGUUCCUCAGCAAGAAAAAAAAUGCGACUCCUUGUUUGAGGAAAGAUACAGUACAGUAUUACCCACUCGGGCAUCCUUUGAACUUGCACAAGGCUUACUUCUGUACGAUCAAAAUCAGAGGCUAACAGCUUCGGAAGCAUUGAAACAUUCAUACUUUCAUGAAGAGCCCAAGCCAGAACCCUUAGAUUUGUCGGGUUUUGAUGGCUGGCACGAAUUUGAAGCGAAAAGGCAGCGGAGGAAGGAAAGAGAAGAGCAAAAGAGGAAAGAAAAGUCAGAUCCUCCCCAAGUUUCAUAG